CUCUGCACAAGAAAAAUGGCCAUCACUGUGGAUCGUAUCAGAAAUAUGGGAUUUCUUAUACUGAGAAUGGUCCUAAGAUUUUCCUUUAUGGUCAUAUACAACAUGGUUGCUAUUCCAACCUAUGUAUUAUAUUUGAUAGCUCUGCAACCUGUCAGACUAAUAAACAGAAAACUAUUCUGGUCUAUUGAAGGAUUAAUGUUUAAAUGGCUUUUAGCAAUGGUCGCCUCUUGGGGUUGGGCCGCUGGAUAUACAGUUGUUGAAUGGGGAGAUAAUGUGCACUCAAUUACAGAAGACAAAGCUGUAAUGCUGGUGAAUCAUCAAGCAACAGGGGACGUCUGCACACUUAUGUUUUGUCUCCAGGACAAAGGCUUGGUGGUUCGGCAAAUGAUGUGGCUGAUGGAUCAUAUAUUCAAAUACACAAAUUUUGGGGUGGUAUCUCUUGUACAUGGGUAUUUCUUUAUCCGACAAGAUAAAGCUUACCGUGACCAGCAGCUUGUUCUCCUUAAGCGACACCUAGAGAUGUACUAUAGGAGCCGGGAUCGUAAAUGGAUAAUUUUGUUUCCAGAGGGUGGCUUUUUCAGGAAAAGAAGGGAAACAAGACAAAUGUACGCCAAGAAAAAUAACUUGCCGUUUCUUAGGCAUGUCACUCUUCCAAGACUGGGUGCUAUGCAAGUUAUCUUAAAUACAUUACAGACGCAGCAGGAAAAUGGUAUACUUGCUGGUGGAGAAUCUUCUUUAUUGGACAGAAAACCUAAAGGCCUGCAGUGGGUUAUAGACACCACCAUUGGAUACCCGAAUGCUGACCCUAUGGACAUCCAAACCUGGAUUUUAGGCUACAGGGAACCAAUGAUCACACACGUGUACUACAGAAUCUAUCCAAUCAAAGAUAUACCGAUGGAGACAGAAGCAUUGACAGAUUGGUUAUAUCAACGGUUCGUUGAAAAGGAGGAGCUCUUGUCACAUUUUUAUGAAACAGGUGCUUUACCACCCCCACAGGGCCAAAAGAAAGCAGUAUCAAGAGAGAUGAAACUUAACCAGUGGCUUUUCCUGGUACAGUGUCUGGCGUUCUUGUCAGGCUACAUGUGGUACUGCGUUCUUCACUAUUUGUAUAAGUGCUUAUUUUGA